AUGGUCCCCAACGAGGAUUUCCAGAUCUGGGGAAUUGUCCAACUCCUUCUGCAUUUUGAAUGGAAAUGGGUAGGGAUCAUUACAAAGGAAACAAAAAGCGGGGAGCAUUUCUUGUCAACUCUGGAGCCGAUGUUUUCGCAGAACGGAAUCUGCAUUUCUUCUAAAGUCAUUCUUCCAAAAGAUAUAGGUUUACAUGACAUGCUUGAAGGUUUCUUCAGUAAUGUAGACACCUUCUUGAAAGGCAAAGAAAACGUGAUGAUUGUAUAUGGGGAAGUGGGAUCGUUCGCAUGGCUGACCUUUUUUGUCUCUGCAAAUGUGUUCCUUGAUGUAGAUGACAUGAGCUUUGCUGUGAAAGUGUGGAUCAUGACCGCACAAAUUGAUGUUGCUUUAAGCAUCAUUCAAAAGGCGUUCAAUAUGCAAGCAAUCCAUGGUGCCAUCUCUUUUGCGCUGCAGUCAAGGGACAUUGAAGGUUUCCAGGAAUACCUUCAGGCUAUCCACCCUUCUGAUGAAGAAGGAAACGGUUUCAUUAAAGAGUUCUGGGAACAAAGCUUUGACUGUUUCAUUCCACCAUACGGUGAUCCAACAGGAUUCCUCGGACCCUGCACCAGGGAGGAGAAACUAGAGAGCCUUCCGGCUCCCUUUUUUGAAAUGAGAAUGACUGGCCACAGCUACAGCAUCUAUAACGCUGUGUAUGCUCUUGCGCAUGCCUUCCAUAUCAUGGCUUCAUCUAGACUAAGACUUCAUGCCAGAGCAAAGGAAAAUCCAAGCAUAUUGGCCUCUCACCUGCAGGUUUGGAAGCUUCACUCUUUGAUUCAAGGGAUUUCAUUCAACAAUAAUGCUGGAGAUGAAGUUACUUUUAAUGGACACGGAGAAUUAGCAGCUGGGUUUGCUAUUACAAACUUAGUCACUUUCCCCAACAACUCCUAUGUUGGCAACAUGGUGGGAAGCCUGGAUCCACAUGCUCCUCCUGGCAAAGAGUUCGCCAUCAAUGAGGAGAGAAUCCAGUGGCAUAAAGGUUUCGUUCAGGUGCCUCCUUCCUCACUGUGUAAUGCCAAGUGUUCUCCUGGCUACAGCAAGAAAAAGAAGGAAGGGAUGGCCUUCUGUUGCUAUGAUUGUGCUCCAUGUCCUGAAGGGAAGGUUGCAGAACAGACAGACAGGGACUAUUGCAUCAGCUGCCCAGAAGAUGACUAUCCAAAUCGUGGGAGAGACCAUUGUAUUCCCAAAGUUCAGACUUUCCUUUCCAUUGAGGAAUCAUUGGGCCUCACUUUAGCUUCGUUGUCUCUUUUCCUUUCUGUGUUGACGGCAUUCGUGCUUGCCAUCUUCAUUAAGCAACAACACACUCCCAUCGUCAAAGCCAACAACCGGGGCCUUAGCUACUUACUCCUCACAUCUCUGUGUCUUUGCUUCCUUAGCUCCUUGCUAUUCAUUGGAAAGCCCAAUCACUUGACUUGCCUCCUACGUCAAAUGGCAUUUGGCAUUGUCUUCUCCAUUGCGGUGUCUUCUGUUCUGGCCAAAACGACGGUCGUGGUUGUGGCUUUCAUGGGUUCCCAGUCAAGGAACAUUUUCCGCAAAUGGAUUGGGAAAAGAAUGGCAUAUUCUGUGGUCUUGGGAUGUUCCCUUGUUCAGGUCAGCAUUUGUGCUGCUUGGUUGGCGUAUUCCCCUCCCUUCCCAGACUUCAACAAACAUUUGAUCACAGAGGAAAUCGUUGUGGAGUGUAACGAAGGCUCCGUCACCAUGUUCUACUGCGUCUUGAGCUACAUGGGCUUCCUUUCCUUCGUCAGCUUCACGGUGGCUUUCCUGGCCAGGAAGUUGCCUGACAGUUUCAAUGAAGCCAAGUUCAUCACCUUCAGCAUGUUGGUCUUCUGCAGUGUUUGGGUGUCCUUUGUCCCAACGUACCUCAGCACCAAAGGGAAAUAUAUGGUAGCCGUGGAAGUCUUUUCCAUUUUGUCCUCCGGGGCCGGGAUAUUGGGUUGCAUUUUCUCCCCCAAAUGUUACAUUAUAUUGUUGAGGUCCAAUUUGAACAACAGGAUGCAUCUAAUAAGGAGAAAACAUAAUUCUAAAAUCUAACAUUCAUCCUACUUGCUCUGUUGUUAGCUCCAAAAUAUUUUAUUUCCUAUGCUCAAACAUUUCUGGCAUGAGAUAUCACAAUCCUGUCUUUUAAAAACUGAUAUUGGACUACUCUGUGGAAUGAACCCUAUUAGUGACCUCUCUGAAAUUGUAGAUCAUCAGAUCAUAGAGUUGGAAGAGAUCCCUGAAGGCCACCUAUUUUAAUCCUAUUCUACAAAAACAGUCAAACCAUUCCCAGCAGAUGGCCACCCGGCCUCUGUUUAAAAACCUCCCAACAACUCAGGCAUUCAGAAAACAGCUUAAAACUUGAUCGUGCAAUCAGGCAAUUUAUUUAUUUACAGUAUUUAUAUUUAUGGUUAUAUGUUUUGUUUUUAGACUUCUAAUUUUUCUUUUAUAUGGUUGCGAGGCACUGAAUCCUUGCCAUUUACUAUGUUGUUGAACUGCUUUGAGUCCACCAAGGGGUGAGAAAAGUGGUAUAUAAAUGAAAUAAAGAAAUAAACCUGGACACAGCAUGUUGUUUGAGAACACAGAAAUGCUGGACCACUCUAACAACCGCCAUGUCAGGCUACAUAGGGAAGCCAUUGGAAUCCACAAGCAUGUGGGGAAUUUUUUUAAAAAACUCUAAAAUCAGGACAGUAAAUAAAGAACAACACUCAAAAAACAAGGGAAGUCCAGACAGGAAACAAUCAUAGCCAGCUAACACCUCCCAGGAUUUCCCCAACAGGAAGCAGCCAGACUUUGAAGCUGAAAGGCCAUUAUCAAGCUGGCCAACUGCAACAUGCUUAUCAUGCUUAUCAAGCUGGCCAACUGCAACAUUCACACUUGCCUCCAACAGACAAGAGCUCUUUCUCCCACCCUGAACAGUCCACAGAUAUAUAAACCCCUAUCUUUAUAUUGUUUUAUGUUGUCUUAAAAUGAUAUUUAUGAAUUUUAAUGUGCCACAUUUUUAACUAUGUUGUGGGGAUUUUCCCCAUAUAAGCUGCCCCGCAUCCCUUCGGGGAGAUGGAGGCUGGAUACAAAAAAUAAAAUUAUUAUUAUUAUUACUAUUGCCUAGUUUCCAACAGACCUCACAACCUCUGAGGAUGUCUGCCAUAGAUGUGGGUGAAACGUCAGGAGAGAAUGCUUCUGCAACAUGACUAUCCAUCCCAGAAAACCCACAGCAACCCUAUGAAGUGAAUGUUUUGUGUUGCUUUGAAUGUAGUAGUAAGUAACGUGUUUUAUUUUUUUCUAGAAAAAGUAUAACUUUGUUUUUGUUUGAUAAUUUGUAUGUAUUAAUUUGCCUAAAUAAAAAUCAAUUUUUUUAAAAAAAAUAAUCCAAAAUACUCCAAAAUCCCCAACUGUCCACAUUGGUGACCUAUGGACCAAUGCACACAUUCUAUACACAGAGUUAUUAAAAAUAUUAUAUCAAAUGGCCAUAGUUUGGGGGAGUUAAAGAGAAGGGGAAUACAAUGGAAUUAUAAUAUUAUAAUGUUAUAUUAUAUUAUUGUUAUUGUUUGUAGUAGUAGUAUUAGAGCGCCGUGUAUAUAUCCUGGGUUCCCAAAAAGGAGACACACCCCAAUUCUGCCGUGACUCGGAUUCGAACCGAGGUUGCUGCGGCCACAACGCAGAGUACUAACCACUAUACGAUCACGGCAUGCUACCAGGUUGUAUAUGCUUGUCCCAGUCUCUCUGACUGGUGAUGACAGUGUGUGUAAACAUAGAUGUGAGUCUAUAUCAGGUAUGGGUAAACUUGGGACCCUCCAGAUGUUUUGGAUUUCAAUUCCCACAAUUCCUAACAGCCUCAGGCCCUU